AUGCCUGAACACAUCAAAGCUGUUGACAUCCGAGGUGGCACUGGCGAGCGUGAUGCUCUCUUCAUCAAUGCCGAGACACCCAAGCCUACUGCCUCUGAAGGACAGGCCAUUGUGAAAAUCAAGGCCUUUGGAAUCAACCGCAUGGACAUAAUCCAACGCCGUGGCUUUUACCCGCUCCCACCCCAGGCACCCAAGACGCUGGGUGUUGAGUUCAGCGGCAUCAUCGAGUCGUUCGGAUCUGGUGACCAUGGUGCCUUCAAAGAGGGUGACGAGGUCUUUGGACUAGCUUACGGCGGUGCCUACGCAGAGUAUAUCGCUGUUAGCACCCGCAUGUUGCUGCACAAGCCUUCUUCUAUUGACUUCACCACGUGUGCUGGUAUCCCAGAGGCUUGGAUCACAGCAACCCAGGCGCUCCACCUUGUGCUUGGUUUCACCAAGGGAAAGUCCAUCCUGUGGCACGCCGGUGCUUCCGGAGUGUCGGUCGCUGGUAUUCAAUUGUCACGCGUCGCUGGUGCAUCCGAGGUCUAUGCCACAGCUGGAUCCCAGGAUAAGCUCGACUUCAUCACCUCCAAGCUUGGAGCUACAGCUGCUUUCAACUACAAGACCCAGGACUGGGCGGAAGAGAUCAAGAAGGCCACGGGAGGUAAGGGUGUCGACUACAUCGUUGACUUUGUCGGUGGAAACUACUUCCAGAAGAACCAGGAUGUUGCUGCGCGUGAUGGACGCAUGGUUCUUCUGGGAACGCUGAGCGGCGCCAAGGUUCCUGAUGCCGAUAUCUCUCAGAUCUUGUUCAAGCGACUUCGCAUCGAGGGCAGCACGCUCAGAAGCCGGGAUGAGAUAUACCAAGGCAAGCUGCGGGAUCGGUUGGAGAAGUAUAUCCCAGACUUUGAGUCAGGAAAACUCAAGAUUUUCAUAGAUGAGGUCUUCUCCUGGGAGAAGAUCCAGGAGGCUCAUAAACAUAUGGAGGACGCCAAGAACCUUGGCAAGAUUAUAUGUACUAUUCCUUAG